UGUCAACAACGUCAACAACUGCAGACCACGAAUCAGUAAAAACUUGUGUUUUAAUCAUAAACUUGUCGAUCGCCAAUUCAACAUCAAGUAAAAUGGCUGGACGUGAAACAGUAAAGGCUGGAUUUAAAAUUGCUAAACCAGUAUUAUCAGCUGAUUGUUGCGAAGCUCAUAGACGUGUGAUGAGCCUAUACCGAGCUUACUUUCGUUUUAUUCCUUAUUUAGUUAGACACAUGGACAUCCCUAAAACUCCUCAGGACUGCAGAAUCAAGUUAAGGGAGUAUUUCUAUAAGAAUGCCUGCGUCACGGAUCUGCGUGUUAUUGACAUACUGGUUAUUAAGGGCUUUAUGAAUCUGAAGGAGAUAACGCAUCAAUGGCAACAGAAGGGCCACGUCAUGGCCCACUGGCAUCCCACUCUGGAACCGAAACGAUGUGAUUUUAUUGGCAAGUUUUUAUCGAACGAAGAUUAAAUAUUAUUUUAAUAAAUAUAUUGACAUUAUUAGAUAUCCAUC